AAAAAAAAAAAACAAGAAAAUUUCCCUCUGUGUGUGUGUAUGGGUGAAAAUUUUGUAAACACAAAUGCCCUGGUGUGCGUGCGUGUUAUUCUCGCCGCGUAUUGGAAUUUUCGUCGUGAGGCGAAAACGACGACUAGCGGCGAAAUUGCGCCCGCGCAAAAGUAGAAAGUUUGUUUGUCGUCGUCGUCGCCGACUUCGUCUCUCUCGCCGCGGCGAAUAGAUACAAAUUUGUGUGUGUCGUGCGCUCUCGCUGCGACGGCGAAUUGAGCGCAAGUGGCGGUUUGGAUUUUUCGAAUUGGAUUUCAGUUGAACUCUGGACGCGGCCGCGGAAAAAUCGUUCCCCAGUGCUGUUACGAUAUUUUCGUGCAUUUUCUUCCAUGUUUUCGUCUUUUUUUGACCCCAGGAAAGAGGCUACUACGAGUAAGGAUUGAGGGAUAGGCACAAAUAUGCACCUAAAAAUCACGCACAAAACGGCGGAACCGCGGGCGCAGCACUCGGAGAUGGGUUCCACAUCGCCAGCAUGCCGGGAUGUGCGGCAGUUCCACGAUCUGAUAACCUGCCGGCUUUGUCGCGGUUACAUGAUCGAUCCAACCACAGUGGACCAUUGCUACCACACCUAUUGCCGCAGUUGCAUACUGAAACAUCUGCUGCGAACGGUCUAUUGUCCGGACUGCAAGGCCAGCGGAGGCAAGGAAAUCAGCGAACUAAACCUGAAGUCGGACGAUACGUUGCGAUCGCUGAUCUAUAAGCUGGUGCCGGGUCUUUAUCAAAGGGAGUGCAAGGAGCUGGCCGACUUCGAGGAGCAGCACGAGGAUUUGGUGGACGAGCAGGCGACACAUGAGCAGGAGUUCUUCACCACCUCGGAACUCGUCAGCUUGUCCCUGGAAUACCAUCCUGCCAUGCUGCACCAGUGCGGUCCUGGCGAGGUGCCACCCACCAUUUACCUGCAGUGCGCCGCCGGUUUGCGGGUGGAGUUGCUGAAACGCUUCCUCUGCUCCAAGUAUAACAUAGAGCCGGAGAACAAGCUGGUCGAGGUGGAGGUGACGUACGAGGACGAGGUGCUGCCCUCCAACUUCACGCUGAUGGACGUGGGAUACUGCUACAACUGGAGUAGGCAAUCGCCCAUGGCCUUCUGCUACCGCAUUCUGCUCUACGAGAACGAGCGAGCAAAAAACGAUGAGAACAACCUAUCCAGGAUUAACCAGGACAUUGAACCGGAGCACUCGGUGCGUCGCUCCAAGUCGGCCAAAUCGGUGACCUUUGCCGAGGACCUGGAAUCCGAAAUGGACGCCGCUUCCCCGCGCGCCUCCAAGGCGCGUAGCAAGACGUCGCCCAAGGUUUCGCCCUCGUCGAAGAACAAGCGUGUGGCCACCAGUAAACGGGAGCCAGAACCCGAGUCUCCCGUGAGCACCUUCAAGAGUCUCCGGAGCAACGACAUGCGGUACAGCGACUAUGCCGUAUCGAAGGUUAAAAGUGAGCCGGAACAGGAGCCGGAUCUCCUGCCGAGGGAGCGGGAGCCACAGCCUCUGGAGGCCAACAUGAACAUUGUGGUCAGCAUUCCCCCCUCGCAACUGGGCAAAUCCUACGUCGAUGCUGAGGAUUUCGAGUUGAAGACGGCCAACCGGAAGGGCGUCGGAGCGGGCCAUCUGCCCAAGCUGAAGAUCGAGCUGAACAGCAUGAAGAGCAAGCUGAGCAUGCCCAUGUCGGCGGGUCCGCGACUGGAGGAUACCUCUGCGUCGUCUACCUCGGUCCAACAACUCGACCUGGAGACCUAUGCCAAGAACAUCGGCCUGAAGCCCAUUGAGCAGCCCCUGGUUCAAAGUGUGGCCGCCAAUCCCGAUAGCAAAUACAGUCCCAAUGCCUCGCCCAUGUCCUCGUGCUCGAGCUCUACCAAUGGAUCCACCUGCAGCUUGGGCACUGCCGACGCCAGUACUUCGACCACAGCCACAUCCAGUUCCCAUCGGAAGCGCAAGAAGAAGCACUCCAAGGAGCCCAAGGACGCGAAUGGUAAGCGCAAGAAGUUGCACGCGGAGAUCUCCUCGCAGACGGAUGGCAAGAUGAAGGUGAAGAUCACGGCCAAGCCCAAUCACAAGUUGGAAUUAAAGAGGUCCCAUUCGCUGGCCAGCGGGGAGCUGGCUCUCCAGCAGCUGAAAUUGGACGGUACCAGCACUUCGGAGGCUCUGAAUCGCACGUUGGGCGAGGAGGCGAGGAGCAUUAGCAGCCUGGUGGUGGGUGGAGCACCCACGCCACCGCCCACGCCCACAACGGAACCAGAGCAGCAGCAACAGCAGCCGCAACAGCAGGUGGUAGUGCCAAAAACCAAGGAAUUGACCUUGCCCACAUCACCACCUCUGCCGCCCAGUUUGUUCAAGGCCUAUACCCCCAGCACAGCGCCAACUGCUCCGCAAACGGUGGCAGGAAAGCCCAAACAGCAGCAGCCACAGCAACAUCAGCCUGUGGCACAGCCGACCCUGGCUAAGACGAACUCCGUCAAGCCGCCGCUGAGCAGCAACAACAAUCGCAAGCCCAACAGCGGCCACUUUGCGGUGCCCGAAGUGCCGGCCAACCGGAAUCUGUACCACAUGCAACGCUACCUGUCCACACCCAGCUCCAUCGCCAGUGCGGCCAACAAGCAGCCGAAGCGUUCCCUGUCCCUGGACGAAUCGCAUCCAGCGGCCAAGCAGGCCAGGAUGAGCCAUGCCCAGGCGAUGGCCAGCUACGCGGCCAGAAUGCAGAUGCACAAAACGCCGGCGGCCGCCUUCUUGCCCAAUCCUCAGAUACGCUCCUAUGGCCCCGAAAUGGGCAGCAAGCCCACGUUGCCCCCAACAUGCCCCGCCAACCUAAGCCUAAGCCUGGCCAGCUCCGCUCAAGUGACGAUUACGUCUAGGCCCAGAGCCACGCCGUCGGUCUAUGCCUUCCCCGAGCCAACUGGCCAUGUGCCUGCCCUGGAAAUAGUGCGACUGCCGCCAGGUAAGCAAGGUGCGGGCGGUAAGAGUCUAACGAUGCCGCCCCUGAGCCCGCCGGCGACGUCCGGUGGCCGUCUGAUGGGACCACCGGCGGCUCUGCCCAAGCCACCGGGACACAGUGCGGCCAAGAGGACCAGCCAGUCGCCACCGAUGCCGAUGCCCAUGCCGAUGACCACGUUUCCAGCGAUUGUCAAGUCGCCGCCGCUGUCAGUUGCGCUUAGCAGCCAAAGGAACAAGAGCAACGCCGGCUCCAUCUCCAACGCUAGCUCCAACUCAAACGCUUAUCGCACAUCACCGCCUGCAUUAAUAAAUCUGCGCAACAACACGGCCGCAGCUCCACACUCGUUUCCAUCAAAGUCGAGCCCAAAGGCAGAGGCCAAUUCAAAGAAAUCCCCGCCAGCUGGAUGCCAGGGCAAAACCAAUGGCACUGCCGCAUUGGACAAGUCGAAAACGAGUUUGCGCGAGUUUCGGCCGGCAGUUCAGGCCGUUGUAACCGCAACAUCAACGGCGGGAGCAGCAGGAGCAGCCGGGGCAGCCAAGGAUGCCGAUAUACUUGAUUUAUCAGCUAACCCGGGCAGGAACACCGCCGCCAAAUUGGCGCCCACAUCACCGCCCGCGGCUAACAACAACAACAACAACAACAACAGCACGAGCAACAGCCUGGAGGCAGCCCUGAACAAAAUCAAGCAGAACAUAUCCGCCAACAGCAAUGGUGGACCAUCGACCACCACAUCGGGUGGUGGCUCGAACUCAAACGGCAAUGGCAAUGGCAACGGCAACGGCAACGGCUGCGAUGAUCUGCAGAAUCUGCAUAUGCUCUCGGAUUCAGCCACGUCCAGGGAGAAGAUCUCCAUAAAGACGGCGAGCAGCGGUGGAAACAACAACGGUGGUGGUAGUAGCACCGUCACCACCACCACCGCCUCCACCGCGAAACCCAAGAGUGCCAAUGCCUUGGUGAGACCACAGAAUGCCUCGGUUAGGAGCAUACCCAAUCCCUCGGCUUUGGCUUUUCGCAACCAGCCGGUGGCUUCCAGUGCAGCAGCGGCCACCACCAUCAGCAAACCACUGACUGUGCGGGCCGAGGAAAAGCCCAAGACAUCGGGGGGCCCAAGCAAUCCGGGAUUGCUCAGUCCCACCAGCAGCACUGGCAGCAAUAGCAGCAACUCUGGAUGCAGUGCAGCCACCUCGCCGCGGGCCAUGACCAAGAAGGCCACGACCAUUGACCAGGUGGCGGCCAAUUUGAAUAUUCGCGCCGAGGCCAAGGCCGCCGCCCUCGCCGAGGAGGCGCCCCCGGUGCUCAGCAGCAAUGCGGCCAAGUCGCCGGAACUGGCCAAAACCACGACCACGGCGGGAGGAGCGGCUUCGCGGGCGGAAGCCAAGGAGACGGCCAUCACCGUUUCGGCGGCCAGCACCCUGCUGCCCAUGCCCUCCGGCGUCCCCGAGUCGCUGGCCAAGAUUGCCAAUGCCCCGGUGGCGAGUUCCGCUUAGUCACAAGCGUUUCUUUGGCUGUGCGGAACGCAAAUGUAUCUUGUGGCGCCGCUGGAGAAUCUGCAGAAUGCCGACAGCAACCGAGGCGAUGAAGAAUAACUACAAAAGCGUAGGAACAGAGAUGAGUAAAUCCAACACCUGCA